UUCUCUCGAAAAGAAAUGGUAAAUAGUAAGAAGAAAGUUGUAACUAAAACCCCUCCAUCUCUCGCAGUUGUCAAAAAAAAGUCCCGAGGAAACAAAGAUGGUGUUCCUGUUGAAGCACCGAUUGUGACUUCGUAUAAUGAUCGGAUCAGGCCGUUGCUUGACACUGUGGACACACUGAGGAAUCUGAAUGUGAUGAAAGAAGGGAUACAUCUUCCCACCAUUGUCGUGGUUGGAGACCAGUCCUCAGGGAAGUCAAGUGUUCUUGAGUCCUUGGCAGGUAUCAGUUUGCCUCGCGGGCAAGGAAUCUGCACUCGGGUUCCUCUCGUCAUGAGGCUUCAGCGAAACUCUAGCCCUGAACCUGAGAUCUGGCUGGAGUACAGGGACAAAGUGGUUCCUACGGACGAGGAAAACAUUGCUGAAGCUAUUCGUGCUGCAACAAAUGUGAUUGAUGGUAGGUUCUCUCUCCCUCUCUCUGUUAAGUGUGUUUUUGCUGCAAACCUGCAAGAGAGAUGA